GUUGUGGAUGAGAAAGCUGGAGAGAUGAAAUGGGUUCGGACAAAGGUGGACAUAGAUCAGCAUGUUGUGGUACCAGACCUGGACCGCAACAUGGGAUCACCAGACAAGUUUGUGGAGGACUACGUAUACAACCUUAGCAAAUCCAGUCUUGACAAGUCUAAACCUCUUUGGGACCUCCAUGUUCUCAAUGUCAAAACAUCUGAUGCUCAAGGUGUUGCGGUCGUCCGCAUCCAUCAUUCUCUGGGAGAUGGCACGUCUCUAAUGUCUCUUCUACUGGCUUGCACCCGCCAAGUAGCUGAUCCAGAUAAACUGCCAACAAUUCCAGGCCAGAAUAAGAAGACCACCAACUCGUUUUCAGGCCUUUCAAAGCCGAAGUUCUGGAAGUAUUACUUAAUUGCUGUAUGGUUGUUCAUCCAAUUAAUUUGGAAUACCAUAAGAGACAUUGUGAUCUUUGGAGCUACAGCGUUGUUUUUGAAAGAUACCAAAACUCCAAUCAAGGCUCCCCCAUGUUCCGAGUUAAACCCCAGGCGAGUUGUUUACAGGAUUGUUAGCCUUGACGACAUGAAGGUGGUGAAAAAUGCAAUGAACAUGACCAUAAACGAUGUUGCACUUGGAAUUACGCAAGCUGGUUUGUCUCGGUAUCUCAAUCGGAGAUAUGCUGAAGGUAAGAAAGAUGAGGGGGAGACUCAGAAGAGAAACAACCUGCCGAAGAAUAUUCGACUGAGGUCAACCAUCCUGAUUAACCUGAGGCCAUCUGCAGGAAUUCAGGUUUUAGCAGAUAUGAUGGAGAAAGACGCUGAAGCCAAGUGGGGAAACUGGAUUGGUUUCGUGCUUCUUCCCUAUAAAAUUGCAUUACGAGACGAUCCUCUGGAUUAUGUUAGAGAAGCAAAGGCAACCAUUGAUAGGAAGAAGAAUUCCCUUGAGGCCGUUUACACAUUCUCCAUUGCUGAUUUGGUGCUCAAAUUUUUCGGAGUUAAGGCAUCCAGUGACCUAUCUCACAGAAUUAUCACGCAGACAACAAUGUGCGUCUCCAACAUAGUUGGACCACAAGAAGAAAUCGGGUUCUAUGGCCAUCCAAUUGCAUAUCUUGCUUCAGGUUCUUAUGGCCAACCCCAUGCACUGAUGAUUAAUUUCCAAAGCUAUGUGAACAAGAUGACUAUGGUUCUAUCAGUCGAUGAAAGCGUCAUUCCUGACCCUCACCAGCUGCUUGAUGACCUACAGCUAUCACUCCAGCUCAUCAAGGAUGCAGUCCUAGCUAGCUGCUAGUCCUGAUUCAUGAACUCAACAGACGAAAAGUACCCAUCCACCAAGAGAUAGCGCAGCUGAAUAACACGCACCGGUGCUGCUAAAGUCACAAGACAAUCAACUACUAUGCAUUUGUUUUGUUAAAAAAAAAAAAAACCCAUUUCAAUAACGUACUAAAGAAUUUCAAUAAACCUAGUUUAUGAUAUAGCCAUAUUUUCCAGCCAUCCCAGUUUGUGACCGAAUGUAGAUUGGAUGAAUAAUCUAGAGGAUGCACAUAUGCUCCUUUGGUUCAUUGCAGUCCGGCCUUUUCAAGUUCUCAGUUUGGUACGAGGUUUAUAUCUAAGUAUUGGCAGCUCAUAUUCAAAAA